AUGUCGAUUACUGCCAACCUUGGUCGCGUUGCCUCCUUGUUUCCCCAUAUCGAGAAGGAUUGGUGGAAGAAGGCCUACAAUGAGAUGUACCUCUACACCGAUGGCGACUGUGUCGAAGUUCCCGCAAUCACAGAAACCGAAUGCAACGACCUCAUUGGAAUUCCUAGCGUGCAGCAGAUGUUACAGACUCAAGAAUCCCCGAUCAAAGUAUUGGAUCUAUGCUGUGGCCAAGGCCGACAUAGCAUCAAUCUUGCCAAACGCUUUCCAUCAGUGAACUUUUGCGGCAUCGAUCAAAGCACCUACCUCCUCGGCCUUGCUCGAGAAAGGGCAAUUGCAGAAAACGUGCAGGGUAACGUCACGUUUCAGAAGGGAGACCUUCGUCAGGUUCCUGCAGCGAACUGUUCCUUUGAUCUGGUCAUACUUCUAGGGAAUUCUUUUGGACACUGUAAUGAUGAAGGUGACCUACAGUCCCUCCGCGAGGUCUGUCGGGUCCUGAAGCCAGGAGGAAUUUUCAUCAUUGAUCACGUGGAUGGAUCGUGGAUUAGAUCCAACUUCAGUCAAAGUGGAUGGGAAUGGCUUGAGGGCAAAGAAACACUUCUGGCCUGUCGUGAACGAGAGCUUUCUCCGGAUAAAACCCUGCUUGCCAGCCGAGAGAUUGUGAUUGAUUUGGAAGGUCCUUCCAUUCGCCAGGAUCUUUUUUAUUCCGUCAGGCUUUACGAUCUGGAGGAAAUGGACAAUCUUCUGCAAAGAUCGGGGCUAUCCCUGCAAGCAGAGGAUGGGAUAAAGAUCACAACGGCGAAGCGAGACGGCUCUGGAGACAUGGGCAUGAUGGAGCGCAGACAAUUGGUCGUUGCACAGAAGCCAGUCAAGUCCACAGCCUCCAAUGCUUUGGAUCAAGAUGCGGAUGUCUACGUACAUCCAAGUCUGGUACAAAGCUAUAAUCGUCACAAAGGAAGAUUGUUACAAGUCUCUGCAUUUGUACCAGCCGGCACCACGAUUCUCGCAGAUAUACCAUAUGCUUUGACCCCAUCUCUAGAUCCAUCCCAUCCUAACGCCCCGAUUUGCAGUAAUCUGAAAUGCCGCAAACAGGUAUCACAGUGCACACAGAGAGAGAGUUGCCAAAGGAAUUGCAUCCGAGAUGUUGUUUGGUGUAACAACCUUUGUCGAACUGCAGAUCAGGCUCGCCAUGACUUUGAAUGCGCUUGGUUGAAGAAUUACGGAGAAACUAUUCGUCAAAAUGAGGGUCAAUAUGAUUUUACCAUGCUUUGGACAGUCAUGCGUCUUCUAGCUGGAAGGUACUUUGAGCUACAGGUAGGAUCCAGGCCAUCAAAGCUCUAUUCCUGGGAAGAUCGGUUCCAGCGGGGAUGGGAAUCUAUUGAAAUCCUUCACAGUAACCGGGAGAACUGGCCUCAGACGCAGAUUUUGCACUGGAAAAGGCUAGUUGAGGUAUACCUGACUCAUGAUAACCAGUCAGAUCUCAGUGUUGAUGACCUAGUGGAUCUCGUCUGCAAAGAAGAGUCUAAUUCAUUCGGCCUAUAUCCAAAGGACACUGGGUUAUUUCCAAUUUCGGACCCCCCAGUCGAACGAGGCGUGGAUUACGGAUUGGGUAUUUAUCCAAGAGCCACUAUAAUCAACCAUUCCUGCAUUCCAAACGUCACCUGGAAACCAGACAACGAUGGACGGAUGGUUUUGACGACUUCGCGAGAUCUUGCCGCAGGCGACGAGUGCUUCAUUUGCUAUUUUGAUCCGUGCAAGUAUGUAGAUGUGAAAGCACGGCAAAAGCUACUGCAAGAAAACUUCCUAUUUUCUUGUCACUGUGAUCGAUGCACUCAAGAACAAGCUGAGGAAGUCUAUAGCCGCUUAGAGUAG